CAGCGUUUUAUCCGCUUUGCGGUGAAGUCUCACCACUAUCAGUUCGUGGCUUGACCCUUCGGACUAGCAACAGCACUGCGAGUGUUUACGAAGGUGCUCUCUCCUCUCUUCGCCCUUCUCCGUUCCAGGGGCAUCGCCUUGAUCCUCUAUCUGGACGACAUCCUUGUCAAUGCUGCGACCUUCGGUCAGAACGAGGACAGUUUACUCAUCACCCUGGACGCCUUGGCACGUUUCGGCUAGCUGGUGAACUUCCAGAAGUCAACAGUGCAUCCAAGCAGGCGGAUUACUUUGCUCGGCAUGAUUCUCGACAUGGCCGCGGUGACAGUCUGCCUCCCCUCAGACAAGCGGUUAUCCCUUCAGCGGUCGGUUCGUCUUCUCCUCCGGCGCAGACGUCCGUCGAUCCGGUUUUGAAUGCGAGUUUUGGGAACGAUGGUCUCUUCCUUCGAGGGGCUUCAGUUUGCACAAUUUCACACUCGUCCUCUCCAGCAGGCGAUUUUGUCAUCCUGGAACAAGACACAGAGUUCCUUGGACUAUACCAUCGCCCUUCCUCCACAGGUGCGGUCAGAACUCCAGCUCCAGGACCAGGUGGUGGCUCUCAACUCUAGCUUUGGUCUCUGGCAAAUCCUUUUUCCCGGUCUCAUGGUCGAUCAUCAACACCGAUGCCAGCCUCCUCAGAUGGAGCGGAAUCUUCCCACCUCGGACAGUCCAAGGCAAAUGGUCUCUGUUGGAAUCAAGACUGCCCAUCAACAUUCUGGAACUUCGGUCCAUUCAUCUGUCCCUGCUUCAUUGGACUCCUCUCCUGAGGUGACUGCCGGUCCAGAUCCAGUCAGACAAUGCCACAGUGGUAGUGUACAUCAACCACCAGGGGGGAACCCGCAGUCGGGCGGUGAUGGCGGAGUCGGCCAAAAUUCUAAAGUGGGCAGAGGAAUAUGUACCAGCGUUAUCGGCAGUCUACAUUCCAGGAGUGGAGAAUUGGACGGCGAACUUCCUCAGCGGGAAGACUGUGGACCCAGGCGAGUGGUCUCUGCACACAGAGGUGUUCGAUGCCAUCUGUCUCCGUUGGGGACGGUCGGACAUGGAUCUGAUGGCAUCCAGGAUCAACCACAAGCUUCCCACCUUCAUCUCGCGGACAAGAGAUCCCCGGGCAUGCGCAGUAGACGCACUGAUGGCCCCAUGGGACGGCUUUUCCCUUCUGUACGUCUUCCCAAAAAUCACUUUGCCCCAGAUGUGCUGAAAAAGUGGUGGCUGAAGAAUCUCUUUCCUUCUUAGACUCCAUGCGGAGUAUGAUUCGGGAAGAGGUGAAUGCAGCCUUGGAGUCUAG